GAAUAAGAAACAACUCAUGUAAGCGUCUCGGAGUCAUACAUGACAGCUACCUGUUAUGUAUCAAAUUUCAAGAAUAGCCUUGAAUGGAUGGAAGAAUAAGAAACAACUCAUGUAAGCGUCUCGGAGUCAUACAUGACAGCUACCUGUUAUGUAUCAAAUUUCAAGAAUAGCCUUGGAGCCGCAUAUAUUACCUCCUCCAUAAUAUGUUGUGUUACAGAAAGGGGUGCCUAUAAGUAGACAAUUUCUUCUGAGACAAGCGCCGCUGAAAUACGCGCACGGAGAGAGAGAUAGAGAGGGAGAGAGAGAAGUGAGGGCAAAUGGCCGGGCUGUUCGUGAAGCAAGCGGCGAUAUACGCAGAAGCGAGGCCCAGCUAUCCCAAAGAUUGGUUCUCCAAACUCGCAUCGCUCACCGCCCAACACAAGCUCGCCUGGGAUGCCGGCACUGGGAACGGCCAGGCCGCCAUCAGCGUGGCCGAGCACUACGAGCAGGUAAUCGCCACGGACGUCAGCGACGCCCAGCUGAAACGCGCCAUCCCACAUUCAAAGGUCCGAUACGUCCACACGCCCCUCUCCACCCCAGAGACAGACCUUGCGUCCGUGUCCGGGGGUGAGGGCUCCGUGGAUCUGGUGACCGUGGCCCAGGCCGUCCACUGGUUUGACCUCCCAAGCUUCUACUCUCUCGUCAACCGCGUCCUAAGAAAGCCCGGAGGAGUGAUCGCUGUUUGGGGCUACAACUACAGAAUUAGCCCUAUAGAAGAUGUUAUGAAGCGCUUCCUCGACACCACCCUUCCCUACUGGGACCCUCGCGCUCGAUACGUCAUCGAUGGAUACAAGAAUCUUCCAUUCCCGUUCAAAAGCAUUGGUUUGGGAUCCGAAGGCGAUCCUUUGGAGCUUGACAUGGGGCAGGACUUGUCUUUUGAUGCUUUUUUGGGUGUGUUGAAGUCCUGGUCUGCUGUGACCACCGCCAAGGAGCGAGGAGUAGAUUUGUUAUCUGAAGAAGUGGUCAAGGAGCUGGAGACUGCUUGGGGUGGCUCUUCGCUUGUUAGGAGGGUCACUUACAAGGCCUUCAUGCUUGCAGGCACGCCUAUGAUGGAAGACUAACACUGUUGAGAGCAAUAGUUUUUACGAGUUUGACUCUGAUUCUUGCCAAUGUAAUAAUUUAUCGAAAAAAUUAUCAAUAGAUUUCUAGAUUGUUCUGAAAUUAUUUUUAAGUUUCUGAACUUUUUAGAUGGAAUAAAAAGUACUUGAACUGCCAA